AAAGGGAGGAGGAAGACGACUCGGCCAGCCCAACGCGCUGACCGCCCCGACGACCCAUAAGAUGAAGGAGCAGCCAGCGCCACCAAGCGACCGCUCUUCCCCGUAUUUUACCGCCCCGUGCCACUAGCGCCAGCCGAUCCCCACGCGGCCGGCUGCUGCUUCUCCGGUCUCAUGGCCGGCGACCAAGAGGAGGCGGAGCGGGAGUCCCCGGCGCCGGCGCCGGCUGCGGAGCGGGUCGCCGCCGCGGUGGAGACCGUGGCGGCGCCCGGGGAGUUCCGGAACGCGUACCGGCGGCAGCUGCUGGCGCUGUCCCGCCGAAUUCGCCUCCUCGGACCCUUCGCCGAGGAGCUCCGGGAGCGCCGCCGCCCCGCGGGGGAGGAGGAGGAGCGGGCGCUGGCGACGCUCGCCGACGCGCUGGAGAAGGCGGUCGAGCUGCUCAAGCUCGGCCGCGAGGGAAGCAGGAUCUCUUUGGUUUUUGAUAGGGAUAGAGUAAUGAAUAUAUUUCAGGAAGUAGUUGCUCAGUUGGAACAAGCUUUGCAUGACUUUCCAUACAAUGAACUGGAUAUAUCUGAUGAAGUUAAAGAACAGGUUGAGUUAGUGCAUGCACAGCUCAAAAGAGCAAAAGAACGGGUUGAUAUGCCUGAUGAUGAGUUCUACAACGACCUAUUAUCUCUGUAUAACAAGACCUAUGACCCAAGUGCAGAACUGGCUAUCCUUGAAAGGUUGUCAGAAAAGCUACACCUCAUGACUAUCACUGAUCUCACGCAAGAGUCACUUGCUCUGCAUGAGAUGGUGGCAUCUGGUGGUGGCCAGGAUCCAGGAGAGCACAUUGAGAAAUUGUCAAUGCUACUGAAGAAAAUCAAGGACUUUGUGCAAACUAACAACCCUGAGAUGGGCCCUCCUAUGGCUUCCAAAAUAAUGGAUACCAGCGGGGACCAGAAAUCUGUCAUCGUUCCUGAUGAAUUCCGUUGUCCAAUUUCUCUCGAGCUGAUGAAAGAUCCUGUGAUAGUUGCUACUGGCCAGACAUAUGAACGGUCGUGCAUCGAGAAAUGGCUAGCAUCUGGGCAUCACACUUGCCCAACUACGCAGCAAAGGAUGGCAAACACAACAUUGACGCCAAACUAUGUCCUUAGAAGUCUCAUCUCCCAGUGGUGUGAAACCAACGGAAUUGAAGCGCCUAAGCGCUCAUCCCAGCCUAACAAGCCAAUGCCAACAUGCUCUUCUAGUGAACGUGCUAAUAUUGAUGCUCUGUUAUCGAAGUUAUGCUCUCCAGACCCUGAGGAGCAGAGGUCAGCUGCUGCAGAGCUUCGCCUCCUCGCAAAGCGGAACGCACACAACCGACUAUGCAUUGCUGAGGCUGGUGCAAUUCCCUUGCUAUUGAGUCUGUUAUCGUCAUCUGACUUGCGGACUCAGGAACACGCUGUUACUGCACUUCUGAACCUCUCCAUACACGAGGACAACAAGGCAAGCAUCAUGUCCUCUGGUGCUGUGCCUAGUGUUGUCCAUGUGCUGAAGAAUGGCAGUAUGGAGGCCCGGGAAAAUGCUGCAGCCACCCUUUUUAGCCUCUCUGUGGUCGAUGAAUACAAAGUAACGAUUGGGGGAACAGGGGCUAUCCCUGCCCUUGUAGUGUUGCUAAGUGAGGGCAGCCAGCGGGGUAAGAAAGACGCAGCAGCAGCCCUCUUCAACUUGUGCAUUUACCAAGGUAACAAAGGCCGUGCGAUACGAGCUGGCCUUGUGCCACUCAUCAUGGGUCUAGUAACCAACCCCACAGGAGCUCUCAUGGACGAGGCUAUGGCGAUACUCUCAAUACUAUCCAGCCACCAAGAGGGGAAGGCAGCUAUCGGGGCAGCAGAGCCUGUUCCUGCGCUUGUCGAGUUGCUCGGAAGUGGGUCACCGAGAAACAGAGAGAAUGCUGCAGCUGUGAUGCUGCAUCUGUGCAGCGGCGAGCAACAGCUUGUGCAUUUAGCCCGUGCGCAUGAGUGCGGGAUCAUGGUUCCGUUGCGGGAGCUGGCAUUGAACGGCACAGAAAGGGGAAAGAGGAAGGCAGUGCAGUUGCUCGAGCGGAUGAGCAGAUUCGUGGUUCAACAACAAGAGGAACAGGAAUCUCAUUCUCGGCUGCAGGCCGCCGCGGCACAAGUUCUCCCUCAGGCCCCUGAACAGGUCCAAGAAAGCGAAAUCCCGGAUCAAUUGGAAAGUCCGGCGUCUCAAUACCCCACGCUGUUAUGAAAACAGUGCCGAUAUUGCCCUACCUCUUGGACGUGUUCAUCUAUUGGAUACUAGCGCAAGUGGGAGUCAAUCAUGCGAACCGAGUGAUGUAAUUAUGUGACAGGCCUCUACUGCCAGGUGAGGUAUUUGAAAUUUAUAUUUGCCGCCUUCUUCCAGCUUGUAACUGAAACACUUGUCGGGUUGUCGUGGGCAUGUCAGCCCAAUCUUGAGGUAUGUACAGCUCUUCAAUCCACAGUUUCUGAUAUCAUGUAGCCGCAGAACACAAGGUUCUCCAAAUGUAGUAUAUCCUCAGUGUAAUAGUAAUGAUGAUUUAUGUAAAAGUGAAGAUUUUAUGGUGGGUUUAACUAGUAAAUAUUAUCAUCUC